CUCGAGAAACUGGGUCCAUCCUCCCUGAUAAAACAGAUUAUUGAUGACUGGUUCGAACUCAUCCAUUCCGUUGCGCCGAUAUUACACCGUGGGCACUUUCUGGAGCGCCUCGAAAAUGGAGAUGCCAAGCGAGAUUUCGGGUUUUGCGGGCUUGUAGUGUCUCUUUGCGCAGCUACAGUUGUGAGUUUGAAGAGGAGGAGUUCUGCUCAAUACGGGUCAAUCACUAUUGAACGAUGCCUUGAAGCUAUUAAGGAAAACCAACUCCUUGAAAGCAAGAAUAGCUUCAGCCUUGAGUGGUGCCAGACGAAGUAUAAUUUAGGCAUUGCAUUAGGCGCAGGGAGAGGGCUAGACGACCCAUCAGGCUUUCGUUUCAUGAGUGAAGCAGCUAUGGGAGUCAAGUAUCUCCUCUACUACGAGCUUCCCGCUAUGUCUUUGGUAUCUCAACAACUGCUAAAACGUCUUUUUUGGUUGAUAUUUUCUGGGCUUUGCAGUGUAGAGAUGUUCGGAAGACCAUGCAUUGGCUUACUCACCCCUCAAGACAACAUCCAAGCAUUGCGACCGUUAGAUAUGACUGAUCGGGAUCUGGACCUGAAUCGCGUCUCUCCUGGGGAACGGUGGCAUGGCGAUACCAUGUCUUACGUACCUGGUUUGAACCACCUUUCAAACCUCUUCCUACUCUGGCGCUCGAGUCAGCAACUUCCCAACAACAACAUCAGCGGUCUUCAAGAACACAUCGCUUUAGUCCAACGUGCACUCGACGAGUUGCCAGCUGAGCUUUGCUGGCGAGGAGGACUUUCCCGUCCACCUCGCAGUAAUUUCGGCACCGAUGUGCAGGUAGCGAAUCUGUACAUCACGCAACUUCAUAUCCGAUCCAAUCUUUUGGAACAAUUAGAACUCCUAGCGAAAGGCCAAUCGGAUCUCACUGCCUCCCAAAAUAUACUUUCGCAGCGUCAAAGCAUUGUCGAGGAUUUGCUGGAAAUCCUCUCCCAUAUGCCACGAGAAACAUUGGAGGCUAACGGUCACAGCUUGGUUCCCAAGAUCAGGGACAUUGGUGCCGCCUUGCUGGACGAAGUCAGAAUGACCGAUGGCUCACAACUAGCGAACGAACAAGCUAGAACGGAUUUGAGAAGACUAUUGGAGAAGCUGGAGAAGUUGGACUUCAGGCCCGAGUUCAGUCGCUCGGGGCUGGGAAGCUAA